UCGCUCCGAACCUCUCCUCUGCUCUUCGCUGUACGCUAUAUAGCCACAGAACAAGAAGCUAUUCUUAACAUCUGUACUCUUCCACACGGGUAGAAAAAAGACGGACAGGUAGAGAGAGACACAGAGAGAGAGGGAAGAGACUCAAAAACCAAACCCAAAUCAAGGGUUAUCCCUGACAAUGGGGUGUUGGUUUUGAUCUUCAAAAACAAAACCAACCCUAUAGAUCGCAAAGAAAGGCUCUUUUCUUUUCGCUUCUUGAAAGGGGUUUUCUUGAUUUAAUUUGUUUGUCUCUGUUAUCAAAUCUCUCUGUUCUAUAUAUUUUUUCACUUGGGAUUCUUUAUACAUAGAGAUAUAUAUAUAUAUUUUUCUUGUUUUCGAUUCGAAUAUUCUACCAAAAAUGGAGGACAAGAAGAAGUACAUCACCACCGACGAGCUCAUGGAGCAUAACAGGCCAGGGGACUUAUGGAUCUCUAUUCAGGGUAAGGUUUACAAUGUCUCUGAUUGGGUUAAGGAUCACCCUGGUGGCGACGCUCCUCUCCUCAAUCUGGCUGGCCAGGAUGUCACCGACGCUUUCACGGCGUAUCAUCCUGGAACGGCAUGGAAAUACCUAGACCAGUUCUUCACUGGGUAUUACCUCAAGGAUUUCAAGGUCUCCGAGGUGUCCAGGGAUUACAGAAAGCUUGCCUCUGAGUUUGCGAAACAGGGUUUGUUUGAGAAGAAAGGGCACGGGACUCUGUACUCCCUUUUAUCCGUUGCUUUCAUGCUUUCCCUUGUUGUUUAUGGUGUUCUGAGGUCCGAGAGCGUUUUGGUUCAUUUAUUUUGUGGUAUGUUGUUGGGUUUCCUCUGGGUGCAGAGUGCAUAUAUAGGUCAUGAUUCUGGGCAUUACCAAGUAAUGUCAAGCCCCGGAUACAACAAAGUUGCGCAGAUCCUUGCUGGGAACUGCUUAACUGGUAUCAGCAUUGCUUGGUGGAAAUGGACGCAUAAUGCCCACCACAUUGCCUGCAAUAGCCUCGAUCACGAUCCCGAUCUCCAACACAUUCCCGUCUUUGCCGUCUCCACAAAAUUCUUUCAUUCCAUGACAUCCUCCUUUUAUGGAAGAAAGCUGGAUUUUGACCCUCUGGCUAGAUUCCUAGUCAGCUACCAGCACUACACAUUUUAUCCUGUUAUGUGUGUUGGAAGGGUCAACUUGUUCAUCCAGACAUUCUUGUUAUUGUUUUCUAGGAGAAAGAUCCCUCAGAGAGCACUAAACAUUUUUGGGAUUCUUGUAUUCUGGACCUGGUUUCCUCUCCUGGUGUCAUGCCUACCCAAUUGGCCAGAAAGAGUGAUGUUCGUGGUGGCCAGUUUUGUUGUAACAGCAAUCCAACACAUUCAGUUCUGUCUGAACCAUUUCUCUGCUAAUGUCUAUGUCGGACCACCUAGUGGGAAUGAUUGGUUUGAGAAGCAGACGGGAGGGACUCUGGAUAUUGCUUGCUCGUCUUGGAUGGAUUGGUUCUUUGGCGGAUUGCAGUUCCAGCUCGAGCACCAUUUGUUCCCACGAUUACCUCGGGGCCAGCUGAGGAGUAUCUCUCCUAUUGUGCAGGAUUUAUGCAAAAAACACAACUUGCCUUACAGGAGCUUGCCCUUCUGGGCGGCCAACAUUUCCACCAUUAGGACACUCAGGACCGCCGCCUUCCAAGCUCGCGACUUCACCGGCCCUGUCCCCAAGAACUUGGUUUGGGAGGCUGUCAACACUCAUGGCUGAGUAUACUAACUACUAAUUUUCCCUUUCUUUUUUGAUAUUUCCAUAAAACUCUCAUGGGUUGCCAGCUUGGGGUUGUUAGGACGAUUGUUUAUUCCAAGAGUGAUAUCAUGUCUCACAUACUAUGCUUCGUUUUUUUGAGAUCCAGAUUCGUUUUUCCUUUUCUGAAGUAUAACAUUGGAUGUUUUGACCUCCA